AUGACACAAGCAGAAAAGGAGCAGGAUAAUGGAAAGGAAAAGGAAAAAGAACGCGAAAAAGAGAAGGAGAGAGAGCAGCGAGGAGUGAAAAGACCCAUUGCUCCGCCGAUCAUCCCGGAGCCUCUCCAGGAGCAAAUACAGAGCAACUUUGUAAUAGUUAUCCAUCCCGGAUCAAGGACGCUCCGCAUUGGCCGAGCGACGGACAACAUUCCGGUCACGGUCCCACACGUGAUAGCGCGCCGUCACAAGCAAAGUGGCCAACCCAGAUAUGAAGACGCCUGGUUGCUCAGGGACGGUCUAAAUAAACCCGAGAGUAACGAACAAAGGCAGAAUGGCCUUAAAAUGGUUGACCAGGCCAUUUGGUCCAAGAAGAUGUCAAAUGGAGUGAGGAGGACGCCAGUGACUGCGGAGCAGGCGAGAGCGUACAACUGUAAGAUCCGUCCAGCUGUGCUAGACAGCAGCUCAAGAGUCAAAUGGACCAACACAGCUCACCAUCCCCCACAUUUGAUAGGAGAGGAGGCCCUGUAUGUGAAACCAACAGACAGUUACAACAUCCACUGGCCUAUAGUACGAGGUCAACUCAACGUGCACUCUGGUCCAGCAGGCUCGAUGACUGCUGUACUGGCUGACCUCGAGACCAUUUGGAGUCAUGUUAUACAGAAGAACUUGGAGAUCCCCCUCAAAGACCUAAAGUACUACAGAUGCAUCCUCUUGGUACCUGAUAUCUACAACAGGCAACAUGCCAAGGAACUGGUCUCGAUGCUUCUGAUUAAUAUGGGCUUUUCAGCAAUUAUAGUGCACCAGGAGUCCGUAUGUGCCACAUUCGGCAGCGGGUUGAGCAGCGCUUGCGUCGUAGACGUGGGAGAUCAGAAGACAAGUCUCUGCUGUGUAGAGGAUGGAGUUUCCCAUCGGAACUCCAGGUUGUCUUUGGCAUACGGUGGCGCAGAUGUGACCCGCAUUUUAUUCUGGCUCCUCCAAAGGGCAGGAUUUCCAUAUAGAGACUGUCAGCUGUCCAACAGAUUGGAUUGUCAGUUACUACAACAUAUCAAGGAGACGCUAUGUCAUCUCGACCAGGACAUAUCAGGACUCCAAGAUCAUGAAUUUCAAACACGUUUCCCAGAUGCUCCAGCUCUUCUAUUCCAGGUUCGCUUAGGAGAUGAGAAAUUACAGGCACCCAUGGGAUUGUUUUACCCCAGCACAUUUGGUAUCGUGGGUCAGAAGAUGACAUCACUACAGUAUCGUUCCCAAGGUGACUCCGAAGACCCUCAUGAUGAACUAUAUUUACUGGCCACACACAGCAAACAGGACCAGUCUUCCAAAUCUGCUACAGACCGCAAAGCGAUUUCAAGACCUGGUGGAGCUUUGGACAGUGACAUGAGUGGUCAAGGAGGCAUUGGGGAACUAUCAGAACUGCCCAGGGGGAGCGGCAGCAGUGGAGCAAUGCAAGGGGAGACAGACAUCGGGGCUGUGCAGGGGGAGUGCCUGAUGGGAGUUGGGGAGGCAGAAGAACCACUCUCCACACAUCUCUCCAGAAAGACUGCAAUCAUGAACCAGUUUGAAGGGAAAGCACUGGGCUUAGAUAAAGCCAUCCUGCAUAGCAUUGACUGCUGUGCCUCGGACGAAACAAAGCGAAAGAUGUACAGCUCAAUCCUGGUCGUGGGCGGAGGGCUGAUGUUUCAUGGUGCUCAGGAGUUCCUGCUUCACCGCAUCAUUAACAAGAUGCCUCCAUCCUUCAGAAGGCUUGUGGACAACGUGGAAGUUAUCACAAGGCCAAAGGACAUGGACCCCCGACUGAUAUCAUGGAAAGGGGGAGCAGUGCUAGCCUGUCUGGACACAACACAAGAAAUGUGGAUUUACCAGAGAGAGUGGCAGCGGUUUGGCGUUCGAAUGUUACGUGAGCGAGCUGCUUUUGUUUGGUGA